AUGGCCAACCCAGAGCUCGACACUUACUCCCGCAUCGCAGAGAACACCGACAUAGGCCCUCAACAGAAGAUAACUGACCUUCAAGGCGUCGUGAAGGAAGCUAAAACUGGUAUGCUUACUUCCCGUGACGUCGACGGGAACCUACAUUCCCGUGCCAUGAUCCCUUGUGCUCCCACAAGCGAAAACCAAGUCACGCUGCUCUUCAUCGCCAACAAUGCAUCCCACAAGUUUCCGGAGAUUCAGAACGACUCCCACGUGAACGUUAGUUUCUGCGAUCCCUCUUCCACCGACUGGGCCUCGUUCUCGGGCAAGGCAAGACUCUCACAGGACAGGGAUUUGGUCAAGAAGCAUUGGUCUUCGAUGCUCACUGCCUACUUCGGUGAUCUUAAGGAUGGUGUCCACACCGGCGAUUCAAACGAUCCCCGUGUUUCCAUCAUUGAAGUUAUCCCAGACGAAAUUCGCUAUUGGGUCGCCAAUAGCUCCUCGGUUCUUCGCACUGCCCAGGUUGCUGCCAGCGCUGCAGUGGGCAAGGCUACAUCCCCGGGCCAGCUCAGAACCAUUACCAAAGAGGAAAUCCAACUUGUUUCUGGGCUGCAGAAAUAA